CCGGGCCGGGACGGCAGAGUCAGAGGUGUCACACAGGUACCGAGAGAGGGCGGAGUGGCGGGACAGGUGCUCUUAGACCGGCCGGCACUACUAAAAACGACAAGAUGUCUCAGGAGAAGCGGCUGGCGUACCCGUACAAGAUCCGCCCGCUGCAGGGCGAGCUUCAGGAGCAGAUGAAGCGCGACUUCGAGGGCACGCCGAGCGGCCUGGCCGCCUGCAACCACUGGGGCUUCAAGCUGAUGGGCAAGGUGACCGACGACCUCCUCGAGGACAUUUACAACUACCCGCUGGAGGAGCGAGAUGUGUGGAUCAUGACGCCGCCCAAGAGCGGUACCACCUGGGCCCAGGAGAUGAUCUGGCUGCUGGCUAAUGAUCUCGACUAUGAGGGCGCCAAGACGCCGCUCUUGCCCAACAGGUGGCUGUACCCGGAGGCGCCCGCCAUCGUCGACAAGGACGGCAUCAGGAAGUUCCUGCCCGCGGACCCGGAGAAGCGAACCAUCACUACCAACUCGAUGGCCGGCAACGCGCACACGGGCGCGCGCCGCUUCGUCAAGUCGCACCUGCCGCUGUCGAUGAACAACCCACGUCUCCUGGACGUCUGCAAGGUGGUGUACGUGGCCAGGAACCCCAAGGAUGUGUGUGUCUCCUACUACAACCACAACCGGCUCAUGGCCACGCACGGCUUCACCGGAAACCUGGAGCUCUUCAUGCAGCACUUCAUGGACGGCAACAUCAAGCUGAACCCGUGCAUCGAUCACAUGAUCGAGGCCUGGAACCUGCGACACCACCCCAACAUGUGCUUCAUCUUCUACGAGGACAUGAAGCGCGACCUCAAGUCGCAGAUCCGCAAGGUGGCCAAGUUCCUCGGUAAGGACUAUUCGGAGGAGCAGGUGAACAAGCUGGCCGAGCACCUGCACAUCGACAACUUCAAGAAGAACCCGUACGUCAACAUGGAGCACUUCAAGCUGCAGGGUGUGAUGCACAAGGACCGUGGCAACUUCAUCAGGAAGGGCAAGACGGGCGACUGGAAGAACCACUUCACGCCCGAGAUGACGGAAAAGUUCGACAAGUGGCUCGAACAGAAACUGAAGGGCACCGAUCUCAAGUUUGUUACUGAGCUUGAUCAGCAGGAUUGAGGGCAGAUGUUACCAAACGGUCUGCGCCGUCAAGUCAAAUCUCCUGAAAGAGCCGCAAAGGUGCCAGGAAGGACUUAGCCAGUACCGAACCUCAUUAAUGACCAAGGCGGGCAGGGGCAGCCGGUCAAGGUCUGUGAGACAGCAACCUCUCUUGAUACUCUUACAAAACCAUAUCGGGUCGUGGCUAGAAUGGGCCUAGUCCCGGCAGGAAUACUCCUCUGUAUAUUGUGUGUUAGUUGUUACGUUCCGUUCGUACCUAUGAAUAAACGACGGGUGAAGUUA